AGUCAUCCAGGAUUGUUUCGAAUUCUUGGAGCAUCUAAGAGCAUACUGGGAACAGGGUACGAUUGUAUUUGUGACAAACGUCACAAGCGACCAAAAAAUGAGUUAGUCCCAUCUGGUACGACCGUUUUGUCACCGGGGCGGGGAGCACAGAAAAAAAAAUUUCUGAAUCGAACUCUGAGUAUUAAUGACGCCUGCAAAACAAUAGUAGAAAGAAGCGAAGCAUUUUUUUCAGUACUGUAAGACAGAACGUACGUACGCACGACUACGCCGCGCCGAGACCUCUGCCUAUAUGCCAUUAGGCCUUGACGAGCCAAAAUUCGAGCCACCACCUGCGACACGGCGUUGGACUCCACCCGAGGCGGCUAGAAAAGCACUCAAUCGGCGAGAUACGAGUUCGAGUAUAAUUCGGAAUCGUGGAACGGGAUCGACCGGGCAGACACAAACACACCGGAAACCAUCGGAUUGCAAACAACAAGAAAUCACCAACGAGUGUUCCCGUGUUGAAACAACCAUGGGAGGUGGGGGACAAGUUGCCUCCGGCAGUGCUGCCGAUGAAAACGCAUCCAAAGAAGAGAAAGAGGAGAUGGAAGUAWCAAAGAARCAAGAGAAAAAGGUGGAAGCCAGCGGAAGCCGAAUCGCUACGACGAGAGAAACUCUUUCCUUCAUCUUUGGAGUUGGAUUGAACACAAAGCUCUUGUUCUUGUUUGGAACGAUCGGCGGUCUCGGGAAUGGAAUGGUAAGCUUCUGUUUGGCCCUGGACGCCGGCGUGUGGUCUCGAAGCUCGCCUUGSUUCGCUUUUCUCUCGUUCUGACAGCACUGCAUUCGCACUUCUCCGUCCCCCCGGCAAUGCUGCGCUGCGAACCAAUACCAAUGCCAACGCCAACACCAACACCAAUCGACAGGUGUACCCGGCGAUUGCCUGGAUUUUUUCCAGCGCCUUUUCAGAGCUGGGAGCGACGUCUACGAACGGAUUGGGUCCCAUCAGGGAGAUUGCCUUUUGGCUGAUGGGGAUCGGUGGCUACGCGCUCUGCGUGUCCACGCUGCAGACGACCUGCUUCGAGGUCGUGGCCUACCAGGGCGCGCAGUCCAUGAAAAAGCAGUGGUUCUACUCGCUGUUGCGACAGGACUCGGCCUUUUUCGACGUCCACGACGUCAGCGGAAUCGCCACUUCCAUCAACCCGGCGGCCAACCGAUACCGGCGCGGGGUCGGCCGCAAGUUCGGGGAGGGAAUCCAGUUCUUCACCACCGGCGUCGGCGGCAUUGUCUACGCGCUGUACGCCGAGUGGAGGGUGGCGCUGGUGGUCCUCAGUUGGACCCCCGUGCUCGCCUUUUUUGCCACCGGGCUCGUCAGCAUCAACCAGGGCAAGUCGGCCCGGGCCUCGGAGGCCUAUUCCAAGGCGGGGGGCGUGGCAUAUUCCACCGUGUCGGGCAUCAAAACGGUGCUGUCGCUCAACGCGAUGACCACGAUGGUCCGCCAGUACAGGGAGGCCACCGAAGAGGCCUUUCUGAUUGCCACCAAGCCGCUGAUCCGGCAGGGAUUCACGGCGGGGAUGAUGCUCGGAUCCUUUUUGAUCAUGUACAUUAUUCUGACUCUCUACGGAACCUUCAACAUUUACAAGGACGUCUACGACACGGGGUGCGAUCCCUCCGGCGGAGCCCCCGGGAACGAGACUUGUCCUAGCUCGGGAGAGAACGUCUUUGGUGCCAUGCUCGGAAUCGCCUUUGCCGGGCAGGGAAUCUCCCAGGUGGGAACCUUUCUGGAAACCUUUACGACGGCCCGCGUGGCGGCCGGGGAAGCGAUCGCGACCAUCAACCGAAAGCCGGGGAUCCCGGAGCAAAAAAUCUACCACGUGGACGAGGAGAAACCGGACGGCGGCGGUGCCGAUGGCGACAACGCGAGCGUCUCGAGUGCCUCCAGCAGCCGGCACAGCAGCUACAUGAUCGAAUCCCCCGAGGGCCGGAUCAAGGCGAUCCUGCCCCCCUACGAAAUCGACGCCAUGUCGACCGAGGGUCUGACUCCCGAUCCCGAGAAGGUCGAGGGGCGCCUGACCUUUGACGAGGUCAAGUUCAGCUACCCGACGAGGCCCGGGGACACGGUGUUAAAGGGAUUGUCGAUCGACGUUCCCGCCGGGAAGACGAUCGCCUUUGUCGGACCCAGCGGCGGGGGCAAGUCGACCGUGGUCAAGCUGCUGGAGCGCUUCUACGAUCCCCUCGAGGGAUCCGUCCAGGUCGACGGCAUCGACAUCAAGGACCUGAACGUCAAGCACCUGCGGUCCUUGAUCGGUUACGUUGGGCAGGAGCCGGCCUUGUUUGCCACCACCAUUGCCAAGAACAUUGCCUACGGGAACAUGUCCGCCAGCCAGGAGGACAUCGAAGAGGCCGCCAAGUUGGCGAACGCGCACGAUUUCAUCUCCCAGCUCCCGGACGGCUACGACACGCACGUCGGCGACAAGGGAUCUCAGCUCUCCGGGGGGCAGAAACAGAGAAUAGCGAUCGCCCGGGUCCUGGUUGGGGACCCCAAAAUCCUCUUGCUGGACGAAGCGACGUCGGCCCUAGAUUCCCAGUCGGAACUGGUGGUGCAGGAAGCCCUCGAGAAAAUCAUCACCACCCAGAAGAGGACGACCGUCAUUAUUGCCCACAGGCUGAGCACGAUCCGAAACGCCGACAUCAUCGCGGUAGUGAUGGGUGGAACGGUGGUAGAGACAGGGACCCACGACGAACUGAUGAAAACCGAGUCCUACUACAAAAAACUCGUUGACACCCAGGGAAAGUCGGCAAUGAUGAGAAGAAUGUCCUCGGUGCCCAGCCUCAACCAGUUCGGCAAGACCGAGAGCCAGAUCGGAUUCGAGAAGGUUCCCGAGCGGUUCGUCGACAUGGACGCGGCGCCCCUGAUUGUCUUUCGAAACGUUUCCUUCGCGUACCCGACGCGGCCGAACAAGACGAUUCUCGACAGGUUCAAGCUCAAGAUUUUCAAGGGCGAAACCAUUGGACUCUGCGGGAUCUCUGGAGGGGGAAAAUCGACCGUGAUGGGCCUGAUCGAGCGGUUCUACGAUCCGGAGGAAGGAAGCGUCGAAUACUUUGGCCAGGACGUGCGGAAGCUCAACGUGAAAUGGUACCGCGACCAGAUCGGAUACGUGGGGCAAGAACCCACCCUGUUCGACGGCACCAUUGCCGAAAACAUUGCCUUUGGGGCACCCGGUGCCACCCGGGAAGAGAUCGUGGAGGCCGCCAAGCAGGCCAACGCGUAUGAUUUCAUCAGCAAGUUCCCGGAAGAAUUUGACACCCCCCUCUCCGGGGGUUCGGGCACCCAGCUGAGCGGGGGCCAGAAGCAGAGGAUCGCAAUCGCGCGUGCCCUGGUCAAGAAACCAGAGAUUUUGCUGCUCGACGAGGCAACCUCGGCGCUCGACAACGAAAGCGAGAGGGUCGUCCAGGAGGCCCUGGACAAGCUGAUGGAAUCGAACGAGCGAACCUGCAUCGUCAUUGCCCACCGGUUGUCGACCAUUCGAAACGCCGAUCGCAUCGCCUUUAUCGGCGACGGCCGCGUCAAGGAGAUCGGGUCCCACGACGAGCUGAUGGAAAAGCCGAAGGGAAGGUACAAGCGCCUGGUAGAAUCCCAGGAGCGUGGUGCCUCCACCCUCGGACUCCCCAUGGAAUCCAUGUCCAAGUCGAACAAGAAGAAGGGAAGAGGCAAGGACCUCGGAGACGACGACGAGGGAGAAGGCGAGGGGCAGAUCGAGGAAGAAGAACUGUCGGCCUUUGAUCUGAAACGAGCCAGGCAACUGGCUUCUCCGGACAAGAUGUAUUUGCUCGUCGGGGCAUUUGGCGCGCUGAUGGCGGGCAGUAUCUUCCCCGCCUGGGGUCUCAUUUUUGCUGGUAAGUACUGGAACCUCUCAUUGUCCAACACGAAGUCGUUUUGCACGCCAAAAUUCACGGUCUGAUCUUUCCUUUUGUCGCGUUUGAAUAGAUACCAUCAAUCUUUUGUAUUAUCCUGUUUUUGCCUGUACGCCCGAGCUCCUCGGCAUGGUCAGCUUGGAGACGUGCGAAGAUUACUGGGAAAUCGAAGGCGAUAGGCUGAAGGAAGAGUCUUUUGUUCUCGCCGGUUACUGGACCGCUCUCGUCGUGGUUUGCCUCGUCGGAAACGUCCUCACCUUCUGGGGUUUCGGCUACGCGUCCGAACGGAUGAGCCGGCGCGUCCGCAACGAUGCGUUCUACGCCUUGGUUCGCCAAGAAGUAUCGUUUUUCGACAAGCGGAGCGUCGGAACCAUCACCUCGGAGCUGCAGGAAGACGCGACCCGAAUCCAGACAUUCACGGGCGACCCGAUUCGAUCCCUCAUUAUUGCCGUGUCGUCGAUCGUGACUGGGCUGGUCUUGUCGUUCAUUGUACGUAUUUCGUUCGAGAGGAUGCCGCGUGUUCAUCGCAUAAUCCCCAAAUGAUGCUCAUGUCCUUCUUUUCUUUUCUCGUCACGUGCAAACGCAAAUAGUAUAUGUGGGAAUUCGCCAUUCUUGCCGUAGCAUGCGUUCCCAUUAUGGGUCUUGCCACGAGUCUAGAGAUGAAACAAAUGUUCGGUGAAGACGAAGGAGUAGACAAAUCGGAGGAGGAGAUUUCUACUCCCGGAGGAAUCAUUGUGGAGACCCUGCUCAACAUGGGAACCGUUUCCGCACUGACCCUAGAAACACAGCGAUUCCAGGACUUUGAAGCGGCCACGAAAGAUGCCGAUGACAAUUACCUGGUCGAUGGGUUCCGCGAAGGUAGGCGCUUGUCAGGCGCAGUUCUUGUUCGUGGCUUCGACAAUUUUUUUAAAGGCUUGAUUAGAGCUCGGUAGCUUCCAGUCGUUUGACUCUCACCCUUGAUCGAUCGUCUUUUGCGCCAUSUUUGUUUCCUCAGGUGCGCUAGCGGGCCUCUCCAUGUUUAUCCAGCARUGGAUUAAUGCGCUACAAAUAUUCUUUGGCGGGUGGCUUUUGGACAGAUUCCCAGAGAAGUACACUCUGAAUGACUUUUUGAUUUCGAACUUUGCCAUUCUCUUUUCGCUUUUUGGAUUGGGAGCCGCCUUUCAGGAUAUCUCCGAUCGGAAGGAGACCGAAAAGAGCGCCAGCCGGAUAUUCUAUCUGAUGGAUCGAGAGAGUUCUAUCGAUCCACUGAGCGAAGACGGGAAGACCCUGGACACCAGUGUCGAUCGGCCAAAACCCAAGAAGAAACAAUCCAAGCGGUUGUCGACACGGAAAUCCUCGCUCAAAAGCAUUGGCGAAACCUCUGAAGCGAAGGGCAAAACAUCAGAAAGCAGCACGGAGGAGGAAGAGAUCCUCGAAGGCAAACCCUCGCUCGGCAAGAAACCGUCAAUGAAGAAGAGAAGAUCGAAGAAAGCAAAAGCUGAAGGUCAAGGUGACGAAGAAGACGUGGAUGCCGAACCGAUCAAACCCAAGUCUUCCAAAAAGAAAACCGAAAAAGUUGACGUAGACGAAUCGGCAGCCAAACCGAGCAAACCCAAGUCUUCAAAGAAGAAAACCGAAAAGGUAGACGGAGAAAAAGCGGACGCCGAACCGAGCAAACCCAAGUCUUUGAAAAAGAAAAAGUCUGUCACAAAGAAAAAGAAGACAUCCAAACCCGUCGAGGGCGAAGACGAGUAAUAACGUUCGUCCACGCCCGGGCCAGAACAGAAUG